AUGCCAUACUACCAGGCCUUGCCCUCCGAUUUGGUGCCCGUCCACUACGACGUGGCGAUCCGCGACAUCGAGCUUGACACGUACACCGGAAAUGUGCGUCUCCAGCUCUCUGUGGCGGCAGAAACAGACGAAUUACACUUGCACUACCGUGAUUUGACCAUUGGCGCCGUCAGCGCCCGUGUGGGAGAGGAAACGGUCAACGCCAAGGUUCUCCGCUCGGAGGAAAAGCUCGAGUACUUUGUGAUUGGGUUUGCGCGGCCGCUCCGUGUCGGUGAAGACGUGGAAGUUGAGGUUUCCUUCGAAGGCCGGAUCCAGACCAACAUGGCGGGAUUCUACCGGUCGGAGUACGAGGAGAACGGGCAGACGAAGCAUAUGCUUUCGACGCAGUUCGAGGCCACCGACGCGCGCAGAACGUUCCCGUGUAUGGACGAGCCGGCGCUCAAGGCCACGUUUUCUGUCCAUCUUACGGUCGACAAGGACUUGACCGUUUUGGGCAACAUGCCCGAGCAGGAAACCGUGCAAAAGGGCGACGUGAAGACGGUCACGUUCGAACGCACGCCCCGCAUGUCCACGUACCUUGUGGCGUGGGCCGUGGGCGACUUUGACUAUGUGGAAAGCUUCACCAAGGACACCUAUGGCGGAAAGCCUUUACCUGUGCGUAUCUACACGACACCGGGCUACACAGAAGACGCCCAGUUUGCCGCCGAGCUCACGCCCAAAAUCGUCGACUACUUCUCGCAGAUCUUUGGCCUCCAGUACCCAUUGCCCAAGCUAGACCUUCUUGCCGUGCAUGCGUUCUCCCACAACGCCAUGGAGAACUGGGGGCUCAUCACGUACCGGAGCACGGCGCUCUUGUUCUCGGAAAAGAGCCUGGACCCGGCCUACAAGCAGAACGUCGCCUAUGUGAUUGCGCACGAGCUUGCCCACCAGUGGUUUGGUAACUUGGUGACCAUGCAGUGGUGGGACGAGUUGUGGCUCAACGAAGGCUUUGCCACGUGGGUCGGCUACGCCGCCGUCGACUUUUUGUUCCCGGAGUGGGACAUUUUCUCCGGCUUUGUGUCGUCUUCCAUGCAACAUGCGCUUGCCUUGGACGGUUUGCGCAACUCGCAUGCCAUCAAGGUGCCUGUCGUGGAUGCCUUGGACAUUGACCAGCUUUUCGACGCCAUCUCGUACUUGAAAGGUGCCGCCACCAUCCGCAUGCUUUCGUCCUACUUGUCCACCGACAUCUUUCUCCAAGGUGUGUCCAAGUACUUGCAGACCCACCAGUACGGCAAUGCCACGUCAGAAGACCUCUGGGCGGCCAUUGGAGACGUUGCCAACAAGCCUGUGGGCCACAUGAUGGAGGCCUGGAUCAAGAAGAUCGGAUUUCCUGUCUUGUCUGUGUCCCGCAGCGGGGAAACUUUGCAAGUGGCGCAACGGCGUUUUUUGAACGGCGGCGGUGUGCGUCCCGAGGAGAACGAGACCGUUUGGUGGGUGCCGUUGCAUGCGCAAGGCGACUUUGGCGUGGAUGCAUUGGAAGAGAAGGAGGUUUCUGUUUCAGCGACCCCAGAAGGGUUCUUCAAACUCAACGGCGAUGCCGCAGGCUUUUUCCGUGUCAACUACGAGCCCGAGCUCUUGCGUAAGCAUGUUCUUCCAUUUUUCAGCAAGUUACUGGUGAAAGAUAAGGUGAGCGUGGUGGCUGACGUUGCAUCUCUUGCGAUUUCGGGCGACGUGGCCACAGCAACGUUUUUGGACUUGGUUUCGGCCGUGGCAGUGGAGAAAGACCAGCUUGGCGACGACUAUGUGGUUUGGCUCGAGUUGUGUGGCCGUCUUUCCGAGUUGGCCUCGGUGUUUUCCGGCGUGGACCCUGCCUUGACCAAACUGAUUACUAAUUUCACCAGAGCCGUCUACAAAGACUUGGCCGUUCGGAAAGUCAAGGACGAGCAGUCGGACUUUUUGGCCCGUAAAUUGCGCUCGCACAUUCUCUCGCAUGCGGCCGAGCUUGAAAUCGAAGAAGUCGACGCUUAUGCCCAAGAACUUUUUGGUCAAUGGAAGAAGACGGGCGAAAUGGACCCAGCAUUGCGUCUGUUUGUGUUCAGAAGCGUUAUUUCGGCAGACUCUGUCGCCGAAGACGAUUUCGAACGCAUCUGGGCCGAAGUGGCCCGCCCACCUGCCUUGGACUCGCGUGAAAUUGCGUUGGGAGCUUUGGGCCACGUGAAACAGCCAGAGCUUGCUUCAAGAUUGUUGCAAGGUUUGGUAGACGGAAGCAUUCCUGUGAUGGACGCUCAUUUCUUGGGCCAGCCUUUGUCUCGCAACGUUUCGACCCGUGACAUGUUCUGGCUGUUCUUCAGAGACAACUACACCCGUUUGCACGAGCUUAUGUCGUCCAACAUGGUUGUGUUGGACCGUUUCGUGAAGGUGACGUUGAAAAACUUCCAGUCUGACAAAAUGCGGUCGGAAAUCAAGGCCCACUUUGCUGACAAGGACAUCCACGGUUUUGAGCGGGCGUUGGCGCAGGUCUUGGACCAGGUAGAGAUCAAUGCGGCUUGGUAUGAGAGAGACCACCAGGAGGUGAAGGAGUGGUUGUCUUCCCAUGGAUACUAA